AUGUCUUCAGAAGAUCAGGAUAUUUCAAGGAUUUUUUCUCAAAAAGUUGAACGUCGAUUUCAACGGGAUUUUGGACGAUUUAUUGGUGGAAGUCAUCAUUCUAGUAGAUAUACAUCAACUCCAAACGAACUUAAACGGAUUACACAAAGUACAGACAAUUCUUUAAAUGUUAAAUUAAUUGAAGCUAAAGAGGAAAUUGAUUCUCUUCACCGAAAGUUGAAUUCUAAAAAUGAAGAAAUUGAGCGAUUAAAAGCUGUUGAGAAUACUUCUAAGGCAAAAAUUGAUGAAUUAAAUAUUCAAUUGAACGAAUUAAAAAUGGAAAUUGAUAAAGGAAAACGAAAAAGUUUUGAUUUUAGUGAAGACAAGUCAAAAGAGAAGUUACUUCUAAGCGAUUAUCGAAAUGCUUUGUCAAAAUACAAAACUUGGACGGAAUUUGCUGAUAAGCAAUUGAAUGAAAUGAAGGUUAUUUUGAAAGAAAUUGGUGGAUGGACAGAAGCAAAUCGUUAUAGAAUUUAUUUUGCUUAUAGAGGAAUUGCUCCAGAAAUGGUUACUGAUGAUAUGGUCGCUUCACUCUCAAAUGGAUCAAUUAUCAACUAUCCAGGAAAUAUUGAAAAUAUUGAGGGAAUAACAGCUUCAGAAUAUCGACCAAGAUUUCACUGUAAAAAAUUUUAA